AUGACAUGUCUACUCGCUAUUCUAUUAUACACAGGAAUAAACUCGGGCGCAAAUAAUCGUUUGGUCCUUGCUUAUAACGAUUCCUUUGACUCUUUUUAUAUGACACAUACUCUAAACCCUGAUCAGAAAUUCCCUGAACCUAGCGAGAACAUACCGAUAUUUAAAACACCGACUACAUAUCACCAAGCAGGUACAUAUUUUGCUACAUACUGUUCAGUGGAUAAGACCCCAUCCGACAUAUAUUAUGAUAUAAUUCAACAGCUUUCCGAGGAAAUGGGGGAACUCCGUAAUCCAUCCAGCAAAAGAAAUGAAAGAGAAGACAGCUGCUUUCAACAUAUAACAAGAAAAAUGGAAGAGAAGAAGAGUUCAUUCUUUCAGAAAAGUGGAAUUUCUACCAAAUAUUUAGAUAAGAACAUAUGUCCUGAAAAACUUAUUGUCCGACUGGCUUAUAAUUGGCGAAUAUAUUUGAUUCUGGGCAAUAAAUCACAAUCACGUGGCACAUCUUCACGUAAGCCUCUGGUAAGACUUGAAAAUCCAAUUGAGAUUGAAAAUUACGUCGUAAAUGGCGAAUUUAUCACCGAAGGAAACAUGUAUAGCAAAACAUACUCGCUAGCAUGGUUCGAAGACCAUCUACACCUUUUUGUGUGGAAUUCGAAGGGGAAAAGGUGGGAAUUAGAAACCUCUCCUAAUAAUGUGUCGAACAAUGGGAAAAUUAUCAUCAAUUUCUUACGAGCUACCAAUCCGCAAAUAAAAAGUAUUAUGGAAAACGCGCAUGCUACCUUGAAAGAGUUUAGAGAUAAAACUCGAGACAAAGUCGCCAGAAAACAGUACGAGCAAAAAAGUACCAUUUCCUACUACAAUGAGAAAUUUCAAAACCAUAUGUUAGAGAUUGAAAUGAGCGCUGCAAUAUCUGCUAAAGGCCGUCUCAGCGAGAUGUUUUAA